CAUAUGAAGCCCCAUACUUCGCGCAAUUCUCUGGUGUCUAGCUCCCGAAGUCUCCUUGUGAGGUAGUACGUGACGCCGAUGUUGUCCGCAUAGAUCCUGAGAUACUGGAGGGCGACGUGGACGCUGAAGAAGGAGGGGGAGAGGAAGAGGCGGAGGAGGAGGGCAUGGGACAUGGUCUAGGGAGCAUAGGGACGGGCGACUGGCCGCAUCCGAGUUCGCGACUCACACAGCUCGCGUCUGGCUCGACGCGCGCCCGGCGACAUCCCCGUGACCGACAUCGACACGUCGCGCGAGCCGCGAGCGCGUCGCAGCACACCGCUCCUCUCCCGCAGCCAUGCUGCUGCCCCUCCUCGCUCUUUUAUUCGCCCCCCUCUGCCUCGCGGCCUCGUUCCAGACAGACCACGCAAAACUCGUCCAGCUCGCCGCCUCAAGCAAUGGCGUCAUCAGGCUAGACGAGCAUUCGUACAAGCUUCUCACGAACCCCAAGAGGACGUGGUCCGCGUCCGUCCAGUUCACUGCCCUCGACAAGAAACGGAGAUGCGGGCCUUGCAAGGACUUCGACCCGAACUGGAACGCGGUCGCAAAGGCGUGGUCUACGGUGCCAGCUGCGGAGCGCGACAACCACUUCUUUGGAACAGUGGACUUUGACCAUGCGAUGAGCAUCUUCCAGCAGCUCGGUCUGCAAUCCGCGCCAGUUGUGCAAGUACUGCCUGCUGUCGAAGGCCCUCGCCGCCCGGCAAGUGGGAGGUCGAACCCCAUCGCCCUUGACUUCUCCGGGGGUUUUGAUGCUGCGCCUCUCGCAGAGCAGCUCUCGCGCCACACACCCGUCCCUAUACCGUACAAGGCACCCAUUGACUACUCGCGCAUCGCCAGCGGCCUAUUCGUCCUCCUGUCCUUCGUCGCAGCCCUCCGCUUCAUCUCGCCCAUACUGAAGUCGCGCUGGACGUGGGCCGCGAUCACAAUCAUCACGUCACUGAUCAUGACGUCUGGCUUCAUGUUCGUGCGCAUCCGUGGUAUGCCGUACAAUGGGCCGAACGGCCAGUGGAUCGCAGGCGGGUACCAGACGCAGUUCGGCCAGGAGGUCCACGUCAUUGCUAUGAUUUAUGGCACGCUUGCAGGGGGUUUCCUGAUGUUGACGUUGGUCGUUCCGAACCAGUUGUCUCCUUCGCGCCAGCGUAUGCAGAUUUACCUGUGGACCGGUGUCAUCUUCGUGAUGUACUCCGUGCUCGUCUCCAUCUUCAAGGAGAAGAACAGGGGCUAUCCGUUCAGACUGCUCUUGUAGGACUCCCAGUAGGUGCAGUGUACAAAAGCGUACUCGUAUCGCAGCUUUCGCAUGUCCAGAUCCCGAUACUUAUUUCGUUGUCCAUUCCGUUCGAACGCGUGAGACGUGAGACGACACAAU